AUGGAGCGCACCAACUGCUCAGCUGCCAGCACUGUGGUGGAGACAGCUGUGGGCACCAUGCUGACCCUGGAGUGUGUGCUGGGCCUUAUGGGCAAUGCUGUGGCCCUCUGGACCUUCUUUUACCGUCUCAAAGUGUGGAAGCCUUAUGCUGUCUACCUGUUCAACCUGGUGGUGGCUGACCUGCUGCUGGCUACCAGUCUGCCAUUCUUUGCUGCUUUCUAUCUGAAGGGCAAGACCUGGAAACUCGGCCACAUGCCCUGCCAAGUCCUGCUCUUCCUGCUGGCAUUCAGCCGUGGUGUGGGAGUAGCCUUCCUGACGACAGUGGCUCUAGACCGGUAUCUGCGUGUGGUCCAUCCUCGGCUCAGAGUUAACUUGCUGUCUCUGAGGGCAGCUUGGGGCAUCUCAAGCCUCAUCUGGCUUCUGAUGGUUGUUCUCACUCCCCAAAACCUGCUCAUUUGCAAGACUACCCAGAAUUCCACGGAGUGCCCCAGCUUCUACCCUACAGGAGAGACCAAGGCUAUUGUCACCUGCCAGGAGAUACUCUUCUUCCUUCAGAUUCUGCUUCCCUUUGGCCUCAUCUCCUUCUGCAACAGUGGGCUCAUCAGGACCCUCCAGAAAAGACUCCGAGAGUCUGACAAACAACCCAGGAUCCGGAGGGCCAGGGUGCUGGUUGCGGUGGUGCUGCUACUGUUUGGACUGUGUUUCCUGCCUAGUGUCCUGACCAGGGUUCUGGUGCAUGUCUUUGGGGAAUUUAAGAGCUGCAGUGUCCAGCAGGCCAUAGUUCAGGCUUCUGAUGUCGCUGGCAGCCUCACCUGCCUGCACAGUGCAUUGAGCCCAGCCAUUUACUGCUUCUCUAAUCGAGCCUUCACCCACUCAUACCGGAAGGUGCUCAAAAGCCUUCGAGGCGGGAGGAAGGCAGCAGAGUCACCGAGCUCCAACCUCAGGGACUCCUAUUCCUGAUGACUGUUGAAAUCCUUAGCUCCUUUUUGUUUGGGAUCUGAGUAACAUAUCCAAUAGUCUCAGGGCAAGAAGAGAGAAACUGCACUGCAAGGAUCCAGACACAGUCUGUCACUGUGGUGACAAGCUGGUCUCACCUGGGUUUCCCCCUGAUACUUUACAGGUCCCAGUGGCUGAUUUGAAUCACCAGGACAGAGCCUGCCUCCAUUGCACAGCUGCCAUCCUUAUGGAGUUGCCAUGUUGCAUUGAGUGUCUCUGCACAUCCACACAGGAAGAACCCCACUGGCUGCAUCAGCAGAGGAGAGCGUUGGUGCCGCUUCAGCACCAUCUGGUCUACCCCAUCAUGUUCACUUUCCACGCUUCCAUUCUCGAGUGUGAAAACCACUCUCUUCUUGCCUCCACGGAGCUCAGAACAAUGGAAGCCAGGUUCUGAAGAGGUCACAUUCUGUUUUUUUUAUAAAUUUCUCCUUUGUUUUGAUAGGCUGUACAGAGUGUCUCAGACAGUUCCGUGAGCUACCUCCCUCACUGUAAGAAAUAUCUGCUGAUUGCCUCAACACUGACCUAGAAUUUCUUGCUU